AGACAGCGCUGUUAGCAGUCGAUUGUAGACCCAGACAUGGCGGCUUACAGGUGGAACACACUCUGCUAAUGUUGAUGUUAAUUUGAAGGGUGACCGGAGAAAAUCAGCAGAUAUGCUCGGACUGACAUUGAAAGAGGUGUCUUUGGCAUUCAGGGAGGGGAGAAUCUCCCCAACUGAGCUCUGUAGGAAGUGUCUGAAUCGCAUCAAAAAAACUCAGCGCCUGAAUGCUUACAUCACUGUUACAGAGGAAUUUGCUAUGAAACAGGCUCGACAGUCGGAAGCAAGGCUGCUUCAAGGCAUCCCCAAAGGACCCCUGGAUGGGAUCCCCUUUGCAGUCAAGGACAAUUUCUGCACUGCCAAUAUCAGGACAACAUGUGCCUCCAAGAUGCUGAAAGACUACACUCCGCCCUACAAUGCUACAGUUGUACAAAAGCUUCUUGACCAAGGGGCCGUACUGAUGGGGAAGACUAACAUGGAUGAGUUUGCGAUGGGUGCAGGCAGUACCGACGGGGCGUUCGGUCCAGUCAGAAACCCGUGGAGCUACUCAGACUCAUACAGAACACAGGGGGGAGCAGCUUCUGACUCCGACUGGGUCAUCACUGGAGGAAGUUCUGGGGGAAGUGCCGCAGCUGUCGCUUCAUGCACAAGCUACCUGGCUUUGGGUUCAGACACAGGCGGUUCAACCCGUAAUCCCGGAGCGCUGUGUGGAGUGUUCGCCCUGAAGCCCACUUACGGCCUGGUGUCAAGGCAUGGGCUCAUUCCCUUAGUUAAUUCCAUGGAUGUCCCUGGAAUUAUUACACGCAGCGUCAGUGACGCAGCUAUCGCCCUAGGUGUCCUCCAAGGCAUUGAUGUUAGAGACUCGACCACAGUUCCUGCUCCAUCAGCACUAGCAGAGCUUCCUGAAGACUUUGAUGUCAAGAACAUCUGUGUUGGCAUCCCUAAGGAGUACCAUGCCCCCGGCCUGUCUGAGGAGACCCUGGCUCAGUGGAGUCGUGUUGCAGACUUGUUUGAGAAAGCGGGAGCCCGGGUGGAGCAGGUUUCCCUCCCACACACUCAGUACUCCAUCGUCUGCUACCAUGUCCUUUGCCACACCGAGGUGGCGUCAAACAUGGCCCGAUUUGAUGGGCUGGAAUACGGCCACCGGAGUGAGAUGAAGAGCUCCACGGAGGUGAUGUAUGCUUCAACCCGACACGAGGGCUUCAACGAUGUAGUCAGAGGGAGGAUUCUUUCCGGGAACUACUUUCUGCUUAAACAGAACUACCAGCACUACUUUGUGAAGGCCCAAAAAGUCCGUCGGCUGAUCGCAGACGACUUCCGGCAUGUUUUUGGAUCAGGGGUCGAUGUGCUGCUGACUCCCACAACUCUGACUGAUGCGGCCUGUUACCAUGACUUCACACAGGAAGACAACCGAACUCGCAGCGCACAGGAAGAUGUCUUCACCCAACCUGCAAACAUAGCAGGCCUCCCUGCUGUCUCUGUGCCGAUCGCCUUAUCACGGCGGGGUCUGCCCAUUGGCUUACAGCUCAUCGGCCCCGCCCUUGAAGACAAGAAACUGCUUUGUGUCGCUCAGUGGGUCGAGCAGAGGGUGAACUUCCCAUCCAUCAGUGACUGCGAUAACACUCAGGAGAGCAGGAAGGAUCCAGGAGUGACCAGGAGGGAGCAGACUUCAGCCAUCUAAGGAGCGCUUUCGAUACCAUCAAAACUAAAACAACUCCUGAUAACCUUAUAGGAAGUUCUAUAUGGAGUUAUCGGAUCACAAAUUACAGAUGCUUUAUAAAGUACAUUUAAUAAACUACAGAAUGUUAAAACCUGACUACUGUUUAACUGGGAUGUUGCAUCACAUCCUAUUAAAUAGACAUAAUGUAAGAGCCGGCCAUUCUCGUUAAGCUUGUAUGUAUUUACAGAGCCAAAGUUCUUCCAUACUAGAGUACAAGUCUAUCUUUAGAGCUCUUUUCUUUGUCGUUGACUAUGAAAUUCAUUUUGAGAAACUCCACUUAUAUCGUACGUAGAGAACAUAGAUUUAAUCCUAAAUACUUAUUUUUUAGGCACAGCUUAGUCGGGAAUCACGGGUCUGAUUAUUAAAACAGCAAUGUCAAUAGAAACUGAAUUUAAAAACUUUUUUUUCUAAUCUCUUGUUUUGAUGAGGCAGUCAUUUUACAAA